AUGCGUAAUUUACUCCCAUCGCUAACGGCUGUUCUGGCCUGUCUGUCUACCGGAUACGCUUCUCAGAUUCCCCCCGACACGCCGCUCUCCGAAUUGAUCACUUCAGCCAAAGCCCACCUGGCAAAGGGUUCACCGCGAGAUGCCUUGAUGUAUUUUCAUGAGGCGAUCCUACGUGACCCAGCCAACUACAUUACCAUCUUCCAGCGAGGUGCAGCAUACCUAUCCAUCGGCAAGAACUCGCAGGCGUCUGAGGACUUUAAUCGAGUCUUGGAGCUGAAGCCCGGCUUUGAGGGGGCAUUGGUCCAGCGCUCUCGUCUACAAGCACGAUCUGCUCACUGGAAAGAAGCUCUUCAAGAUCUAGAGCGUGCGGGAAAGCAAUCGUCGCCUGACUACAAAGAGUUGGAAGAGGCACGGGAUGCCGCAGGGCUGGCAUUUACGGCGGAGAAGAAGGGCGAUUGGGAAACAUGCGUCAGCCACGCAGGGGUGGCUAUCUUGAAAGCGAACACGGACUUGGCCCUUCGACAAACACGAGCACAUUGUCGUUUUGAGAGAGGCGAAGUAGAGGAAGGAGUUAGCGACCUUGCCCAUAUUCUACAAAUAUCUCCAGCUUUAGUGGAGCCACAUCUACAAAUGUCUGCCAUGUUGUUCUAUGCACUUGGGGACAGUGAUCGCGGUUUGGCGCAAAUUCGCAGAUGUCUCCACGCAGAUCCAGACUCGAAACCUUGUAACCGUCUCUAUCGGCGAGAAAAGCAAUUGUCAAAGUCUCUCGGCAAGCUAAAUGCCGCUCUUGAAGCGCACAAAUGGAGCAACGCAGUGAAACUUUUGGUCAGCAGUGGGGAAGAUACUGGUUUAAUUGAGGACAUCAAGACAGAUGUCGCAGAGGCAAGAGAGGCCGGACAUAUUCACCGGGCGGCUUCUGAUAACCUAUAUGUUUUCCUGGUUGAGAAGACAUGUGAAGCUUAUCGAGAGAUGAAAUUGUUCAAAAAGGCCGGUCCUUAUUGCUCCGAGUCUCUGCAAUUAGUGCCAUUCUCUCUCCAUGGCUUGUUGUACCAGGCACAAUCUGCACUUGAUGAAGAUCAUUUUGAAGAAGCUAUACGAACGUUAAACACCGCUAAGGAACAUCACCCACACUCCCAAGAGAUUCAAUCCCUCAUACAGAAGGCGCAAGCGCUCCUGAAACGCUCAAAGCAAAAAGACUAUUACAAAGUGUUGGGCGUGAGUCGUGAUGCAGACGAGCGAACGAUCAAGCGAGCAUAUCGCCAGUUGAUCAAAAUCCAUCAUCCAGAUAAAUCUGCUUCGCAGGGAGUGUCCAAGGAGGAGGCAGAGAAGAAGACGGCGUCCAUUAACGAGGCAUAUGAGGUCUUAUCAGAUUCAGAACUUCGGACUCGAUAUGACAAUGGAGAUGAUCCGAAUGAUCCAGAAUCUCAACGGGGGAAUCCAUUCCAACAAGGGAGCCCCUUUGGCCACGGUGGUAAUCAGCAGUUCUUCUUCCAGCAGGGAGGGUCCCAAUUCAAGUUCUCCGGUGGCUUCCCAUUCCGUUGA